AUGGCAUACAUUCCAUCACUUGUUCUCCAACUUCUUCUUCUUGCUCUAGUUUUCGCCAUUGCCAAUGGCAGUGACCUUAAAUUAGGGUUUUACAGAAAAGCAUGCCCUAGAGCUGAGGCCAUUGUAGAGAAGGCAACAGCAGAUCACGUUUCUGUAGCUCCAUCUCUUGCAGCUCCUUUGCUCCGAAUGCACUUUCAUGAUUGUUUCGUUAGGGGAUGUGACGGUUCGGUGCUAAUAGACUCAACCAAAGAUAACCGAGCUGAGAAAGACGGACCUCCCAAUCUUUCGCUAAGAGGAUAUCAAGUUAUCGAUGCUGCGAAAACUGUGCUAGAAACGGAAUGUCCUGGCGUUGUUUCUUGCGCAGAUAUCCUAGCUUUAGUUGCUCGAGACGCAAUCUACCAGAUUAAGGGACCAUAUUGGGCAGUGCCCUUGGGGAGAAGAGAUGGAAGAGUAUCGAUAGCAUCCGAGAGUUUGACAUUACCUGCACCGUUCGAUGACAUUACUCGACUCAAAGAACAGUUUUCCGCAAAGGGCUUGAGUGUAAAAGAUCUCGUAGUUCUUUCAGGAGGACACACUAUAGGGACUUCUCAUUGCUCUACCAUUGCAGCUCGGUUGUACAAUUUUACGGGCAAAGGUGACACCGAUCCUUCUCUAGACUCGGAUUAUGUACCUUACUUGAAAAGUAAAUGUAAGCCCACAGACAGAACCACGCUGCUUGAGAUGGAUCCAGGGAGUUUCAGAUCAUUCGACAAGAAUUACUACAAAAAUGUAUUGAAAAGAAGAGGCUUAUUUCAAUCAGACGCUGCUCUACUUGCUGACAAAGAAACAAGUGCUUAUGUAAAGCUGCAAGCAGAGUCUAAUGGCCAUACAUUCCUUAAAGAUUUCGAAGAAUCAAUAAUGAAAAUGGGUCAAAUUGGAGUUCUUACUGGCGAGGCUGGUGAAAUAAGGAGGCAUUGUGCUAGAAUCAACUAA